CUUUUUUUUUAUUUUUUAUUUUUUUUCUUCUAUAUCUAUUAUAUAUAUAUAUUCUUUAGUUAUUAUACAAAAUAUUCUCUAGAUCAAAGACUUAUUCAACUCCAUAGAAGAUACUUAUCAAGCACAAUGACAGACAUUGAAAAGUCCAAGAUAUUUGCCAAUGUCAUCUUUGAAUUUGAUCGUAUUCUGACUGGUACUCGUCGAGCAGCGUUACAAAACAUUUUAUUAGAACAUGGUGCCAAAGCCUUUGAAAACGAAAAACGACACGGUCAUGCAGAUCAUGCCACCCAUUACAUUACCAAUAGAAAUAAGAAAUACGUCUCUGCGCAGUAUCAAGUUACGCCAAAUUGGGUCACAGCUGCUGUUCGCAAUGGCUUUGUUCAUGAACCUCAAUAUUACUAUCCAGAUCCAACAAAAUUCUUCUCUGGCAUUGUGGUGACUACUUUUGGGAUCCCUGAACGCGAUAGGGAAGCUAUUUUUGGUGCAACGAUGGCUCUUGGAGGUCAAUACCGGGAAGGAUUAUCAAGCGAUGUGACACAUUUGGUUUGUCUGGCUCCAGAAGGGGAUGUCUACGAACAAGCUUUGAAGAUUCAGAACGAUGGUCAUUUGAAAAUCGUUUUACCACAUUGGUUUGAUGAAUGUUUUAAGCUACGUCGUUUGGUACGAGAAGAUAUCUUUUUAUUUCCUGAUCCUUUAUAUUUACACCCACCAGCAACAACAACAACAACAACAGAGAUGGCAGCAUCCAAACUUUCCAGUAGCAACAACUCAUCUGUUAGGGAGAAUAAUGAAUAUGCAGCAACAGAAUUGACUCGGUCUGAUAGUAAUAUCUCAGCGGAAACAAAUCAAACAAAUGUGCCCAAAACGAUAACAUUGGAUACAAAAGAUAAAUCAUCUCAUCUAGGCGACUCACCUCAAGUACACCCACUACCAAAAAUGGAACAAUUGGAACAAAUGACACCAAUGGAAAAGUUGUUUGAAGGCGACAGUAUAUAUCUACAUUCGGAUAUCGGUAUUUCUCCAGAAUUCCGCACAUGCCUUGUACAACAAUUGGAAAAAGCGGGCGCAACAAUAAAGCAAGAUUAUGACGAACUUGAUGAUAGCCAAGGAUCUGCAGCCAUUGCGAUUUUCAAACAUCGAAAUAGCGACUUAUUUAUGCAAGCAUGCAAAGAAGGCAAAACCGUGGCUAGUAUGAUGUGGCUCACCAAUUCUUUAAGACGCGGACGUAUAGAAUCUCCUUUACGAACUUUAUGGGACUUUCCUUCACCAAGAGGUGGUAUCCCUGGCAUGGAAAAUAUGAUGGUGACGGUGACUGGGUAUGAAGCUGAAGCAAGGACUCUUAUAUUUCAACUCUGUACUAUGGUUGGACUACGAUGGACACCGAAUCUUGAAUCCAAUACAACUCAUUUGAUAUGCUCAAAACGUGGAAGUGCAAAAUACAAAGUAGGUCGAUUAAGAAACUGCAACAUUGUGAAUCAUAUUUGGUUAGAGGAAUGUUAUCAACAAUGGGAAUGCAAAUCUGUAGCGGAUGAACGAUAUACUUAUUUCCCCAGCAACGAUAUCUUACAAAAUCUUGUUGGAAAAACACCACUAUUACCGACUGAAUUAGAACGAUGGUAUGAUAAACUCACGUGGCCAGCGAUGACUCCUUAUAUUCCAGCAUAUAUGUUAUGCAAAAGCACCAAUGUACUCUCAUCUGGUUCUGAAUCCCCUGUACUAUUGGGAGCUAGGCGACCUCGAAAAGCGGCUUUGGAUGCGAAUUCUCAGUUACAUGAUGUGAUGAUACCCGACAUGAACAAGUACCAGGAAGAAGAAAAACGAACAAACACUGGCAGCUCGACAGGACGAACAAAGCAAAAAAGAGUAUCAUCCGAUCUUUCAUCACCACCAGUCAAACGCGCCAAGACCUCUGACCAGAGAUCUGAAUCACCUCCAAUAUCGGUCUCAAUGCAAUCUGUAUUACCAUCAGAAACAAAGAAGCGGCAAAAACGGCCUUCAUUUGAAGAGGAUGAAUCAACCACUGAUGAUGAUGAUGAAGGAAUGAACAAGCAAGUAGAACAACAGGUAUCAUCACAAGAGAAUAUCACACAAGGAUUCAGCAGUCGUAUUUCAAGCAUCGCUACUACGAAUGUUGAAUUAUCCAAUGAUGAAGUGAAAGCCAUCCGUAAACUUGGUAGUAAAAUUGUGAACGAUAUACGACAAGCCAAUAUAUUGAUAGUACCUAAUCGAAUUCUACGUACACCGAAAUUUUUAUGUGCAGUUAAUCUUGGAAUUGAUAUUGUCAAUACACAAUGGUUAAAAGACUCUAUAGAAAAACAAGCAUGGUGCAAUCCUAUGGAUUAUCAAGUGGAUGAUAAGGAAGCAGAAGAAAAGUAUGGAUUCCGAUUAGAGGCCAGUCUUCAUAGUGCACGACAAGCGAUCCGAUCUAACAUCAAUAAGAAGAAGAAUGGUAUUUGGCUUGAAGGUUAUGAUGUAUGUCUUGUACAAACUGGUUCUAGUGUUCUCAAAGAAGUAGUGGAAACGGCAGGUGGCAAUAUUAUACCUAUACCAAAAACCAAGGAUAAACAUGACAAAGUACUUGCUUUGGCAAAUAAGGAUAAUCGACGAAAAAAAGUAUGGGAUCAAUUGCGACAAAAUGGGAUCAAGAUAUAUGAUCAAGAAUUAGUGAUAGUAGGCUCUUUAAGGCAACAAUUAGCGUUAGAUGAAUUUAUACUUUUGAAAAACAAGAAGUGAAAUAAAAAAUGCUGUGCUCUUAUUGGUGGGCGGUCGGAC